GUGCUGUGCUCCUCUGCAGUUCACGCAGUUCCCCAUAUCUGAGACUUUCGUAUGUAUAUAUUGCGUUUCUUGAUCGAAUAAGGAGGAAAACGGGAAAAUCUGCACUUUGCUUCAUCAUUUUUCAACAUUGUUCGGUGUGUUCAGAACUACAUUAAUUAUUGGAACUGCUGCCAAACACGAAAUCGCGGUGGUGACAUAGAAAAUGAAUAUAAAUUGUACAGAAACAUACUGAAUACAUAAUUUGGUCUUUGAAUAGUCUUUGAGCCGAUGGUAAUAAUAGAUCAUGUCGAAGAUUAUCGAUACAAUUUCGUGAAGAGGAUUGCAUUUCGGGUAUGUGCCGGGAAACUGUUCGCCGAAAGAUAUAGUUCCAAUGGACAGAUAAGCAUAGCCUGAAUGACCGACUGUCGCUUGGUUCGGAAACAAGCUUAUCAGUGGAUUAGGACCGGAAUAAGUGCAUGUCAUUCAUCGAUAGUGAUUGAAAAUAUCUUCGCGAGACCGAUUGUGUCGAUUUUCUAAUAAAUUGUGCAGUACAUCUAUAAUCUUACGUAGACAGAAAAGUGGGGAAACAUGUCAGCUGCGAGUUUGUGGCUGUUGAUGAAUUUGCUGUUUGUGACAAUAGCAAACCGAAUGGCUUCUGCAAGCGAGUAUGCUAUCGAUUUGAAAACUUCCGGUUCAGUCGUCUUGGGAGGAACGGUGGAAUUUGAAGCCACAAUAUUGAUAGACGGAAAACCAAAGGAAGACCUUUAUGAAGUGGAAUGGUCAGACAAUAUGAAUCCACCGCACAAACAAAUGGGUGAAAGCAAACAACCCACCUUCAACUGGACUGUAACGUACGGGAAUGAUCUCAAAGCUGGAAGUUACGUUGCUACGGUAGUUGUGCGACGCUACUACUACUUAUUAUAUGUUGAGAUAGCCAGAAAAUCCGUUGCGUUCAAUCUAACCAGUCUCCUUAACGGACGGCUACAGUUGUCACAGAACAAUUCUGUUGUGGAGACAGAUUACGUAUCAAGCGCCACGAUACUAAACCAAACGAUUACACUAACGGGUAGCGAUGAGCGGGUGCUCGCCAAGGCAACCUACGUCCGGACGUAUUGGUUUGUCAAUUGUCAAUAUUUGGGAACAUCUGAUGAGUUCACCAAGCUGGACAACUUCACGAGAGAAAACGAGGAAUACACUAUCGAAGCGCUGGUGGUUGCAUCGUUCGACAAGCUUCCGGAUCCAACAACUACAACUACAACGACUACAACAACCACUACUACUACUACUACUACUACCACUACUACAUCGACGACACCGGCCACUACUACCUCUACUUCUUCUAUCACAACAAGCACCACUACCAGUACUACGCAAGCACCACCUCCCAACAAUAUAACUGUCCUGCCUCAAACAACGCCAGCACCUAACCCAAUAACCACAACCGGACGCAAAAGGCGUGAUUUGGGUGAUGUUCUUGCAAGCGUCAGUCCGAUUUUGUUGAACAUGACCGACACUAGAAGCAUUAUCGAUGGCGAACGGAUUCCGGAGCAUCUGUUCGACCAGGGAACAGAACACGAUCGGUCUACGGUCAACCACAUAACUAAGAAAUCGGAUCCCAAAUUCAACAUCGAUGACUCUCGACAGCCAUUCGUGUGUGGUAAUAGCUCAAUGGUUCCCCCGGACGCGAACAAAACCUAUGGCCAUUUUGUGAGGAAAAUCAUCGUGCAGAAUCCAAUUACAAAAUUCAACGUUUCCGGACCGCAGUGGGUCAAACAGGGUGAUGUGGCUGAUUUGCUUUUCCAGUGCUCCGGAUCCCCGCCGUUCGAAUUCUGCUUCAAAGUUGCUAUAGGGCAACACAAUGUAACCCUGAAUGAAACCUGCGACGGUGACUGGGAGUCGAGCAACGUAAGCUGCCGAUUUGAAUUCAUUCGUUAUUUUUUCUCCAACGAGCAACGUUCGUUGGUUGUCUUUCUUAAGAACCACGUAUCCCAGCAUAUCUUCCAAGUGGGGCUGCAGUUCUAUGAGAAUCAGCCGAAUCUGCAGCUGUCGGUGAUCGUUGUGCCGAUUGCCUGCUGCUUGUUAGCCGUCAUCAUAGUGGUGUUCGGUGUGGCCUAUUACAUCCAGAACCGGGAGCGGUUCAUCGUGGAGGUGGCCGAUUUUAAUUUUGGCGACACCAACUCGCUGGACGAUGACAUGGAAUACAAGACGUUCCAGCAGCGACUGCUCGACAGUCUGCGCGACUCGAUCAGACUGCCACGGUUUCGGCUAGGCUCGAGCGGAGCCAGCCAGGAGGGAGACGACAUGUCUCCCUCGGCCGCGGGUGACAGCGCACUUCGGUACGGUUCGAUGACCUAAGGAGUAAAGAGGAAAGAGCUUUUUUUUUGUUUUGGAAAUUUGUUUCGCCUUUCCGAGUUUGCUGGGUCAAGUAAUUUUGUGAUAAGAGUUUCCCAAAGGGCGACGUGUUUUGCACACAUUAUAAUAUUGCGUCGGGGUUUUGCUUUAGUUUUCACUGUAAUCCGCCCAUAGCGUAGCGCACGACAGAGUUGGACUUUAUUCGAUGCGUUCAUUAUGCAAAUGUGAAAUUUUUCUUAUGAACUGGACACUGCUUAUCUGAAUAUAAAUUCGAAAAUUCUCUUAAA